AUGACAGAGAGCACAUCCACAACAGGACGAGAUCGCGUUACUGUAACAGAGUCGCCACUAGAUUUGUCGGCAGUACUGCAGUUCGUACGAGAUGACGGUGCUGGAGCUAUCGCUACUUUUUCAGGAACUACACGAAACUUUUUCAUAGGCAAGUUACAUUACAAUUUGGAAACGGUCACAGAACGACAAAUCAUCACUAUAUACUCAUCUUUCAUGCUUCUAGUUGAAGGAAGACCGAAAAACGUCACAACAUUAGAGUAUGAAGCCUACAUUCCAAUGGCCAUCAAAGAAUUACACAAGUGCAUCACAAAGGCUCGAGAACAGUGGCCAUCUCUCGUGUCUUGUGCUAUACAUCAUCGAAUUGGACCUGUUGCCAUCGGACUCGAAUCGGUCAUAAUUGCUGUCUCGGCACCACAUCGUGCUGAUGCCAUUCACGCCAGUGAAUUCCUUAUAGAUGAUCUUAAGGCCAACGUACCGAUAUGGAAGAAGGAAUUCUACGAAGAUGGAAGUGUUUGGAAGGAGAACGCCGAGUCGAGACGGGCUGUAGCAAAGUAG